AUGAGGAGGUACUUGGUUGAAAAUGGACUUGGUCUAACACCUCCCAUGGGGUGGAACAGCUGGAAUCACUUUGGUUGUGAUGUUAAUGAAAACAUAGUUCGAGAAACAGCUGAUGCAAUGGUGUCAUCGGGGCUAUCAAAUUUGGGGUACCAAUAUCUUAAUUUAGAUGAUUGUUGGGCCGAGCUCAAUCGAGACUCAGAGGGAAAUAUGGUUCCAAAUGCUGCAACAUUUCCUUCAGGAAUGAAGGCUCUAGCUGAUUAUGUUCACAGCAAAGGCCUAAAGUUAGGGAUCUACUCAGAUGCUGGAACUCUAACUUGUAGUAAACGUAUGCCUGGAUCACUAGGACAUGAACAACAAGAUGCUAAAACAUUUGCUUCUUGGGGGAUUGACUAUUUGAAGUAUGAUAAUUGUGAAAACAACGGUAUAAGCGUUAAAGAAAGGUAUCCACCAAUGAGUGAAGCCUUACUAAAAUCUGGAAGGCAGAUCUUCUUAUCUAUGUGUGAAUGGGGAUGGGAAGAUCCAGCAACAUGGGCAAAAAGUGUGGGAAAUAGUUGGAGAACAACGGGAGAUAUUGAAGAUAAUUGGAAUAGCAUGACUUCAAUAGCAGAUUCAAAUGAUAGAUGGGCAUCAUAUGCUGGACCUGGAGGAUGGAAUGAUCCCGACAUGCUUGAAGUUGGAAAUGGUGGCAUGUCUACUGAAGAAUAUCGUUCUCAUUUUAGCAUAUGGGCUUUAGCUAAGGCUCCUUUAUUGGUUGGUUGUGAUAUUCGGGCAAUGGAUAGUACCACAUAUGAACUAAUAAGUAACUCAGAAGUUAUUGCAGUGAACCAAGAUAGACUAGGAGUUCAAGGAAAGAAAGUGAAAAGUAAUAAUGAUUUGGAGGUGUGGGCAGGCCCUCUUAGUGAAAACAAGGUAGCAUUGAUUUUAUGGAAUAGAAGCUCAUCAAAGGCAACAGUGACUGCAUCUUGGUGUGAUAUAGGUCUGAAACCAGAAGCCAUCGUUGAUGCAAGAGAUUUAUGGGAGCAUUCAACACAACCAUCAAUUUCAUCACAAAUCUCAGCCGAGUUAGAUUCACAUGCUUGUAAAAUGUAUAUUCUAACUCCCACGAGCUAGUUUCAAGUGGAAGAGAAUUGAAGAUAUAGUUCAAUCAAAUCUAUGUUCAAUAAGAUGUACUAGAAUAAAUUCAUAUAUAUGUUGGAUUAAUGUUUCUAUUUGCAUUUGUAAUUUUGAAGCAUCGAGGCUUGCUUGAUA